AUGGGCCGCCGCCGGCCUUCCGAGGAGCGCGCCGGUCGAGAAGGGCCGGGCCCCUCGGGCAGCAGCCGCCGACCUCAAGCUUUCGGCCGCAGCAGCCGCGGGCCCCUCGCAGCGGGUCUCCUGCGGACCCAGCCGCGCGCUGACCCCUGGCGCCGCGCUGGGCCAGCAGCCUCGGGCCACCCCUGCCCGUCUCCCUGGCGCAGGCGGGCUGGGGAGGCGGCGCCCGCCAGAGCCGAGGAAGCGCGGUCCAGCCGCCCCCAGAGGGCCGCUCCCGGCGCCUGCGGCCUCCCGCCCAGGGCCACCGCCAUCCAGAACCGAAGGGCGGGGGCCCGUGGGCGCCAGCUGCGGCCCCGCAUCGCCGAGCUCCUUGAGUCCCGCGAGCGCCCGGCGCGGCCUUGGCCCCCGGACGGGACGGACGAGCAGGAGCCCCGGCUCGGCUCUGCGCCCCGGGGCGCCCUCCCGCCGCCCUCCCGCGCUGCUCCCAUUGACUUAAGCGGUGAAGGCGAGCGGCGGCCGGGCCCGCGCCCCGGGAAGGCCCCUCGCCAGGCCCAGCGGGCAGCUGUCCUCCCGCGGCCGCCCCGGCCAGGCCCGGCGACGCCUCCCCGGGCGGGGCAGCCACAAGCUGCCCAGUCCCGGCCGGUGCAGCCGAGCGUGGACGCCAGGCCCGACCCGCAGCCGCCGCCUCUCGGGGCGCGGAAGCGCCUGAGCACGCGCUGCUCCUCGCAGGGCGACGGCCGAGCCGCGGGGCGCCCUGGCAGCAGCAGCCCCGCGGGCACAGUGGCUGCUGCUGUGAGCACCGGGGUGGAGCCGCCCGGCGGCCACGCGGAGGGGGAACAUGAGGCGGGGCCGUCGGGGGAGCCGCUCCGGGGCUCAGAACCGGCGGCCACGCUGGGGCCGGGGCUGCGGACUCCCAGGCGCUCCCCUGGGCCCGCGCCCGCCCGGCCGCCCGAGGACGGGCCGGAGCGCGCGCAAAGGACGACGGGGCCCACGCGACGCCCGCGACGCCACAGGCGGGCGGACCCGGGUCGAAAAAGGCGCGAGAGAGCGCGGCGUGACGUGCGGGGCGGGACUUCCGGCGGGGACUACAUUACCCGGCGGGCAGCGCGUGGCGUGACGUCACGCCUGCCGGCGCGGGGCGGGGCUUCCGGGCCCGCGGACGCCGACGCCAUUUGCCCCGCCUGGUCCGGGGCGGGCGGGCGGGCCGCGCAGGGCUGGGCGAGCGGGCGGGCGGCGGGAGACGCGCGCGCCCUGGUCCGCGAGCGCCGGCCCGUCCCCGGCGGCGGCCGGCCCGGGGCGCCUGCGCGCGAGGACGCCGCGGCUCGGAGCGCACGGCCGGGCGCCCCUCCUCGUCGCCACGAUGGCGGCCCCGCUGGCCGGCCGCUCGCGGGUGAGUGGACGCGCGCGGGUCGCCGUUGCCGCGGCCUGUGCCGCCCGUGGGCGGGGCCGGGCCCGACGGGCCUCAGCGUGCGGGGCGGCGCGCCCGGGGCUGCCGUUGUCCUCGCCCCCGCGCGGUGUCCGGCGGGCCCGGGUGGAGGGACGCGGGCGGGGCGGCCGGGGUGGCCGCUGGACGUGGCCCGGGGCGGGGGCGAGCGCCCACCGGGCCGGGCGGACACUGGGCGGGGCCGGGGCCGCCCUCAGGCGCAGGUGCGGUCGGGACCCAGCAAGGGGACGGGCGCCCGGGAGGCCUGGGGCAGAGCGAGGGCCGAGGGGCCCGGGUGCCGGGGCCGGAGGUGCUGGCGGGGCUCCUCCCCCGUGUCCACCGGCGUGUUUUCAGGGGCGACCCGGAUGCAUUUACCAGCGGAGCGGAGCUCCCGGCUCGACCGAGGUCACUCUCCCCGCUCCGUGCUGGAACAAGCCGUGUCAGGUCGUGCCCGGGCUCGUGAGGCUGAGCAGUCGGUGGCCCCCGCCGCCACCACCCCUCCGCCGGCCCGUGGACGUGAUGAGGCGUUGCCCGGAGAGGGAGAGGGAUUAGGCCCCUGA